AAAUUAUUCAUAAAUUGAAGAAGAAAAAUAUAUUGAGUGGCAAAGUGAACAGAGGAAAAUCAUGAGAGAAAAUGUGUUAAGUGAAAACUGGUAUGAUGUGUUUAUGAAAACGCCUCUGUGUAUUCAGUUCAAACAACAAAUUGUUAGAGUUCGGGAAAUACACACUAGACAAUGAACGACAAUUUUCAUAAAAAUAUUACUCACAGACGCGAAUGCAAUAGACGUCAUUGACUAAAAAAAAGAUGGAUUGUGCCUGGUGGAAACGAUGAUUGGAACAUUGGUAUACAUAUGCGAAAGUAUGCACGCACACACAUUUGCACAGUGAGUGCGGCUUUGAUAGUGGUUGUGGUGAUAGUCUAAAAGUUUUCACUUCGAAGACGAAAUUUCGCCAUCCAAGUAGUCUCCGAGUUCUACUUGACUAGAUCGAACGUGAGCAUCGACUUUACUAUAGAAAUGACAAAAUAAAAUUCACAAAUAAACAGAUUUAAUGGGAACUACUUUUAUCAAGCGGGUGCAACCAAAAAAAUCGAAAAACCGAAAACAUAAAUAGUAUAACUACAUAUAACUACUCAACGAAUAAUAAAAAAUACUUGUAAAUAAAUGAGAAAAUAUACACAAUAACAAAUUUGAAAAAUAUUUAAAAGCUGAAUUCAGAACCACUAGAAUAUAUGUUCAUACAUAUUUGCAAUACCUGUGGAGAAAUCGGAAUAUUUUUUAUACAUAUGUACAUACGUAUGCACACAAAUAUAUUCAGAAUAUAUAGCACAUAAUAAAGGCCGUAAAUAUCGAAAAACCAAUAAAGCAAAAAUGCAACAAACGCGUUCACAGCGGAGGCAAUCCAGUCAUCUUUUCCAAAUGCAAGAUGGACUGAGUCCUAAAAAAACAGCCGUCAUAAUUGUGACCGUAGUUGGUUGCAUUGCAAUACUUUGGCCGAAGGUAUUCUACCCGAUGAUGUUCGGUAGCAACGUGCCCGCGAAAAGUGGAAAUUUAAAGGAUCAACUUGGACCGGGAGGUUGUUGUGAUGUUGUUAUUGACAGAGAUAAAUUUCUGAAUGAAACUCCAACAGAAAUCGGUCCACAAUUGUAUCGCAAGCAACUGAAUUUAUAUACCGGAGAGAUGAAUUCUAAUCCAGGUUUACGGCAGGAGCGUCCAGCACAUUUACAUCCCGAAUCCAUCUAUCAAGCGAUGCGUGAACGGGGUCGUGCCAUUCCUGCAACUACACCGACAGUGCCAAUUUUGGAGCGCAAAGGAUCAGCCAGCAAUCCACCGCCACGUGUCGUUGAUGGCCGGCCUGGCCCUAUUCCCGGAAUGCGCCCACCCAUGGGCGCCGGAUCUAUGCAUCAACCGCAGGCCCGCGCUGGUAAUAGUAUGGGCUUCAUAAUGCCACUUUAUACAAUUGGGAUAAUAGUCUUCUUCGGUUACACGAUUAUGAAGAUAGUGUUCAAGCGGUCAACGCCGAAUGCACCUUAUGGACCCAUGCCUACCAACCCCGACUUUAGAAAAGAAGUCUUUGGUCAAGAAAAUGGCAGACAAGUUGACGAAGCGCAUAAUUCUAAACUAGGGUGGCGCGAACAUCAAGCAAGGUCAAAACCAUAUGAAAAAAUCAGCAGUGGUGGUGGCGGCGGCGGUGUUGCAAGUGGCAGCGAGCUUUACAAUGCCAGUUUGGCUACUGCCACGGCGGCAUCCAUUCUUUCGACGCAGCUGAAGCAGCACACUCAUGGCAUACCCAGCACUUUUGGUGGUGCUGGCACUGGCGCUGGGGGAAGCUUGGCUGCCGGAUACAGCAAGGAAACUGAACAAUUGAUGGAAAUUGAGAAAUUGCGUAAAAAACUUGAGGAUACCGAAAAGGCGAUGGCAAAAUUGAUCGCAGAAAUGAACUCAGACCAAUACGAAGCUAAGAAAUCAAGCGAAAAUCCGACAUCGAACUUUGGAGACAUUUCCAAUGGGCAUACGAAAUCUGAGCAGGAACAUGAGCAUGGAGGUUAUAAAGAUACAAACGAGCGAUAUCUGGCGAAUAGUGAAACUCCCUCGAAUGUAGAUAGAGAACAUAAACAUGAAGUUCAGAGUCCUAUUAGUAAAACCACAAGCGAUGCUGAACAAAAGAACAUCCAACAACGAAUGAAAAGGGAAGGCAGUGCUGAUCGAUCAGUGGCGGUUCUUGGAAUGGAGGUGACAGCAAGUUGUGAGGGUGGCCAAAAGUGGACAGGCCGCCCUCCAACACCUGUUUUCUUUUCGCACCAUGAGCAUUCCAAUGGUAAUAACGAAAGUCAGGCGCCUGAACCGCAAUCCAUCUACUUGGAAGGUGCUUUGGCGCACGAGUCACAAAUAUUGGUUACCGAUUCGGAAAUAAAAACAGAGGAAGUUUAUGACAAAGAGUUGAAUGGGUCACCAGAGGAGCCAGCGGUGGUGUUGAGUAGUAAGAUGACAUUAUCGCUAAUCAAUUUGGAUACAAGUCAUGAAAAUAAUUAUGUGGAAAAUCAACCGGAAAUCGAAAGUCCCCUGGCGGAUGAUAUCGAAAUAAUUGGUGCUGACGAAAAAUAGAAAUUAUAUAAAGAAAUUAAUAUGAACUUUACUAAAUUCAAUUGACAAAAUGUUAUAAGUAAAUUGGAUUUCGGUCAAAACUUCUUCAAAUGGCAUGAACCAAGAUCUUCUCAAUGUUCCGCAAAUAUAUUCGGCAAUUAAUAAUAUACAUUAAUACUUAGAUAAAUUUCAAUAAAAUUAUGGUAAUCUCUAUGAAUGAAUUAUACAUUUAUAGUAUUUUCUAAGUCGUAUCGAUUUAGAGUUUUAAUGAACUUUGAACUGAAAUUGUUUUCCAAGACCGAGAAGUUUACGCCAUGCAUGAAUAUUUCUAGACUCUGAUUAUAUUUGUUAAUUGUAUAUUUGUCGUAAACAAAAAUAAAAUCAUGUACUUCCGUUGUA